AGCUAAUAUAUAACACAAGAAUCGGUCAGCCUGACCAGAAGCCCUCCUGCCGGUGGAAGGGAUAGUGGUGUGCAGCGUGGUGGUGUCGCGAAGGUGUCGGAGGGAAGAUCCAGGGCCUUUCUUGCGAAUCUAAUUUCGACAACUCAUAACCCACCGCCACUAUGCCCGGCCACGUCGUGAAGAGCACGGGUCCCGACCCCGACCCCACCGAGUUCCUGUUCAUCUCGGCUGAACAGCGAAUGCUCGACCAGACCAAGCCUUACGAUCCCAAGAAGUCUUGCUGGGUCCCUGACGAUAAGGAGGGCUUCGUUGAGGGCUUGAUCCAGGGCGCCAAGGGUGACAAACUAGUCAGCGUCCAACUGAAGAGCGGUGAGGUCAAGGACUUCAAGACGGAAACUGUGGUUCAGGUCAACCCUCCCAAGUAUGAAAAGUGCGAAGAUGUGUCCAACUUGACCUUCCUCAACGAUGCUUCUGUCCUGUACAACUUGAAGAGCCGUUACCAGGCCAAGCUGAUCUACACCUACUCUGGCCUCUUCUGCAUUGCCAUCAACCCCUACAAGCGUUACCCCAUCUACACCAACCGCACCGUCAAGAUCUACCAGGGCAAGAGGCGCAAUGAGGUGCCUCCCCAUCUCUUCGCCAUCUCCGACGGCGCUUACAUGGACAUGUUGCAAUCUGCCGUGAAUCAGUCUAUGCUUAUCACUGGCGAGUCUGGCGCCGGAAAGACAGAGAACACGAAGAAGGUGUUGUCUUACUUCGCCAACGUCGGCGCCACCACCAAGAAGAAGGACGACGAGAACAAGCCGAACUUGGAGGACCAGAUCGUGCAGACCAACCCUCCGCUGGAGGCUUACGGCAACGCCAAGACCACCCGUAACGACAACUCCUCUCGCUUCGGUAAGUUCAUCCGCAUCCACUUCGCCCCCAACGGCAAGCUCUCCGGUGCUGACAUCGAGGUGUACCUGCUGGAGAAGGCUCGCGUGGUGUCCCAGGCCCCUGCCGAGCGUGGCUACCAUAUCUUCUACCAGAUGAUGACCGACCAAGUCCCUGCCAUUAAAAAAAUGUGCAGACUCUCCAAUGAUAUCUACGACUACCCUUACGAGGCUCAGGGCAAGGUCACUGUGCCUUCCAUCGACGACAACGAAGACAUGGAAUUCACUCAUGGGCAAUGUCCCUGCUGGGAGGAGGACAUCUUUGGUCAACAUCCUGUGCCUCUUGCUUUUGACAGCCUCCUGCGAUUUCUACCCUACACUAUUCUUGGCAUCUUGGGCUCCCUGGCAGUAGUAAGGCGACCCUCCAAAAGGCCAGACUCCACUUGA